GAGCGAAUUUCUCUUUAAUUUGAGAAAUCAUAAUUCAAAAGAUCUCCACAUAUGUGGGGUGGUCGAGGCCUGGUAGACACGUGCGUAUGUUUAUCUAUUGGUGGAAAAUGAUAAGAAAGAAAGAUACUAACUUCUCAACCCCUCAAAGUAUCCCAUUCACUCUCUGCAUUUCCCGCCCGCCUCCACUUCUAUCACUGAACGCUCUCUAACGCUUAAACCCUAUUUAAACGAAUUCAAGUUUCUAGGGUUUUAUUUCACAAUUUUGAUCCUAUAACACAUGCAGUUAGGGAGUUUCUCUUUCUCUUAUUCACUCUACCUGGCUUCUUGUACGCCAGCUAAAGUAACUCCAGUAAUGGCGGCUACUAGCGCUCUUUCCCUAGCUCCCUACGGUUUCUCAUUCCACCCACGGCCCAGAAAGCGCUCCGUUUCUUGCUCUGUUAUCUCUUCUAAAACUAUAGGUACACAUGGGUCUAAAGUGCCGCGUAAAAGAUCAGGAAGAACUGAAGGGGCUAGAAAAAGUUUGGAAGAUUCUGUUCAACGCAAGAUGGAACAGUUUUAUGAAGGUUCUAAUGGCCCACCACUCCGUGUUCUUCCAAUUGGGGGUCUUGGUGAAAUUGGGAUGAACUGCAUGCUUGUGGGGAACUAUGAUCGCUAUAUUCUAAUUGAUGCAGGUGUCAUGUUUCCAGACUAUGAUGAGCUUGGUGUCCAAAAAAUUAUACCUGAUACCACAUUUAUCAAAAGAUGGAGCCACAAAAUUGAAGCAGUUAUCAUAACUCAUGGCCACGAAGAUCACAUUGGUGCGUUGCCCUGGGUGAUCCCAGCUUUGGAUUCAGAUACCCCAAUAUAUGCAUCUUCAUUCACAAUGGAGCUUAUCAGAAAGCGUUUGAAGGAGAAUGGAAUUUUUGUUCCAUCUAGGCUUAAAAUAUUUAAAACAAGGAGAAGAUUUACAGCUGGGCCAUUCGAAAUAGAGCCUAUCAGGGUGACACAUUCUAUUCCUGAUUGUUGUGGAUUAGUUCUUCGCUGUGCUGAUGGUACAAUUCUUCAUACUGGGGAUUGGAAGAUUGAUGAAUCACCAUUGGAUGGGCAAGUUUUUGACCGUGAAGCUUUAGAGCAACUCUCGAAAGAAGGAGUGACAUUGAUGAUGAGUGAUUCAACAAAUAUACUGUCACCUGGAAGGACAACUAGUGAAAGUGUUGUAAGGGAUGCAUUAUUGAAGCAUAUUUCAGCUUCUAAAGGAAGGGUUAUAACUACCCAAUUUGCAUCAAAUAUACACCGCCUUGGAAGUGUAAAAGCUGCUGCUGAUUUAACUAAUAGAAAGCUAGUAUUUGUUGGUAUGUCCCUUAGGACAUAUCUGGAUGCUGCUUGGAAGGAUGGAAAGGCGCCAAUUGAUCCAUCAACUCUAGUGAAAGUGGAAGAUAUUGAUGGCUAUGCUCCAAAAGAUUUGCUGAUUGUUACAACGGGUUCACAAGCAGAACCACGUGCUGCCCUCAAUCUUGCAUCCUAUGGAGGAAGUCAUUCCCUUAAACUGACCAAGGAAGACAUAAUUUUGUAUUCAGCUAAGGUGAUCCCUGGUAAUGAAUCUCGUGUAAUGAAAAUGCUAAAUCGUAUAUCUGAGAUUGGAUCAACUAUAGUAAUGGGUCGGAAUGAAGGGCUGCAUACAUCUGGCCAUGGUUAUCGUGGUGAACUUGAGGAAGUUCUUAAAAUUGUGAAGCCACAACAUUUUUUACCCAUUCAUGGGGAACUUUUGUUUCUAAAAGAGCAUGAACUCCUUGGGAGAUCAACUGGCAUUCGACAUAGUACAGUUAUAAAGAAUGGAGAGAUGCUUGGUGUUUCUCACUUGAGGAAUAGAAGAGUACUUUCUAACGGCUUUAUUUCUCUUGGGAGGGAGAAUUUGCAGUUGAUGUAUAGUGAUGGUGAUAAAGCAUUUGGCACUUCUACUGAACUCUGCAUUGAUGAGAGACUAAGAAUUGCUUCAGAUGGUGUUAUUGUGGUUUGCAUGGAAGUUUUACGUCCUCAACAGAGUCUAAAUGGAAAUAGCUUGAAAGGAAAGAUAAGAAUCACUACACGCUGCCUGUGGCUUGACAAAGGGAAGCUUUUAGAUGCACUGUACAAAGCUGCCCAUGCUGCACUUUCAAGCUGCCCUAUUAACACUCCUUUAGCCCACAUGGAAAAAACUGUCUCUGAGGUAUUGAGAAAGAUGGUGAGGAAGUAUAGUGGUAAAAGACCUGAAGUCAUUGCCAUUGCUAUAGAAAACCCAGCUGGAGUUCUUUCAGAUGAGCUCAAUGCCAAGCUAUCUAGCAAGUCUUAUGUUGGUGUUGGCCUACCAACAUUGAGAAAAGUUGUUGAUGCUCCCCAAAGAAGUCCUUUCAAUACUAGUCAAGUAGAAGGUGGGAUUGCACAGCAGCAAAAUUUUGAAGCCGUUGAUGGUGUAAUUGAAGAACUACUUGCAGAGGAAGACACCACUAUUUCAAGUUCUGACUUUGUUGAAAGACUUCCUUCUGACUCCACGAAUUCAGAUGAUUUCUGGAAACCAUUCACCACAUCAUCUUCACCAAUUGACACUUUGGUAAAUGAAAAUGGUUUGGUUCCACAAGAAGAGCAGAUAUCAGGGCUUGAGAAAGGUGAUUCAGAAAGCAGGGAAGAUGAAUCCUCAAAGAAGCCAAGUUCCCUACAGAAGUCUUCCAAAACAAUGAAACGGAAAAAAUGGAAACCUGAGGAGGUGAAGAAACUUAUUAAAUUACGGGGAGAAUUGCAUGGUAGAUUUCAAGUUGUGAAAGGGAGAAUGGUCCUGUGGAAAGAAGUAUCAACCCAUUUAAUGAAAGAGGGGAUUAAUCGUAGUCCUGGCGAGUGCAAAUCCCUGUGGGCAUCUCUGCUACAGAAAUACAAGGUUUCUUCUCUCAAUGCAUGUGAAAGCAAGAGUGAGAGGAAAAGCCAGAAGCAUUGGCCAUACUUUGAAGACAUGGAUAAAAUUUUGUCAGAUUCUGAGCCGAUGACGACAAAAUGAUUGAAGAGAAUGAGAACAAUGCGCAUUGAAUUAUUUAUCCGCAAAACUUGGCGAGGCCUAGGCCACAGAUUAUUAUUUAUUCAUAUUCACAGGUUCAGCGGUGUAGUCAAGUGGGAAGAAUGAUAAAAGGUGAAAUGGAUUAGUUUCAUAAUUCAAAGCCAGAAUUGCGUCUGUGAAUUGGGUAAACUCCUAUGUACCAGCAAUGACAAACGAGGUUGAUUAAAUUUUGUAGUUAUAGAAGCUUUCUGUAGAGCAACCUUGAGAAAAAAAAAUAUUUUUUUCUUGUUUUGUCUUGAGCUCCAAACCUGAUGGUGAGGGAUUAUAAGAAUGUACGGGAAAAAACAAUAGAUUUUUUUAUGGGAUAUUAAUUAAAAUCAGUAAAAAAGUUUUCGCGUAAA